AAACUUUUAUACACUUACGAUCCAAACCAUAAGAGUAAUUAAUGUGCUGUGUUAUAUCAAAAUAGUGUUUACUAUUAAAGAUUAAAUUUUAUAUAUUUUAUUUCCAAGCAUGGAAUUGAAAUGGCAACUUAUUUUGCUGGAAGUAAUUAUACAUUUAUUUUUUUAUGUCAAUUCGGAUGGUGUUAAGCAUUGUAACCAAAAAUGGAUUGUACACGUACCUUAUGGAGAAAUAUUAGCAAAAGAAAUUGCAAAAAAAUAUGACUUGGAUUAUGUCGGACCGGUUCUUUACCAGGAUCGUCAAUAUUAUUUCCAAAAACGAGAUUUAUCUUCAAACGAACAACAUGAAAAUAUAAUUGAUUUAUUAAGAAAUGAGGAACACCUCACAACAGUAAAGCAAGAAUGUGUGAAGGUUAGAGCAUACCGCGGUACUAUAGACACAUCUUACUACGGUAGGCCUCAGUCAGUGAUGCGAGGGAAGAGUUCCUAUGUAAAUGCAUUUAAUGAUAAAUAUUGGAAAAGUUUGUGGUAUUUUCAAGAUUAUCGUACUAGUGAUAAUCAAUCCGUGAGGGACAUGAAUAUAGUACCAGUUUAUUAUGAGCUAGAAAUCACUGGAGCCGGUGUUAAUAUUGCCGUACCGGAUGAUGGCUUACAGUACUGGCAUCCAGAUAUAUUACCAGCCUUCAAUCCUGAUAUAAGUUUUAAUUUUAUAAAUAAUGACAAGGAUAUUGCACCGACGAAAAACAGUUAUGGAGAAUGGCGAUCUCAUGGUACAAGGUGCGUUGGAGAAAUUGCAAUGCAGCCUAACAAUGACGAAUGUGGUGUUGGGACAGCUUUUGGUGCUAGUGUUGGAGGAAUCAAAUUUCUAGAUGAUCAGCCAACAGAUGUAAGAGAAAGUAACGCUCUAAAACACCGUUAUGAUAUCGUAGACAUUUACAGUAAUUCUUGGGGACCCUCUGAUAAUGGCUAUUUUAUGGAACAUAUAAGCGAUUUUGCAAAAGAGUCACUUUCUUUAGGCAUACACCAAGGUCGUGAAGGAAAAGGUUGUAUUUAUGUUUUUGCCGCUGGUAAUGGGAAGCCAGAUGGAGAUAAUUGUGCGGCUGACGGUUAUGUAAACUCUUUGUAUACAAUAGUCAUUGCGAGCGCUGAUGAUGGUGGUAGGGUUACACAUUACUCAGAAAGAUGUCCAGCUAUAACGGCCACGGCUUAUAGUGGUUCAGGACUGACACAAAAUGUGGUUACCACUGAUGUAGGAGGUGGCUGUACAUUAAAACAUACAGGAACUUCGGCAGCGGCACCCUUAGUAUCUGGAAUUAUAGCGCUGGCUUUAUCUGCAAAUCCAUCGUUGACGUAUAGAGAUGUAAAACACUUACUUGCAUGGACAUCCCAAAUAGCACCGUUAGAAAACAACUACGGUUGGAUUAGAAAUGCAGCUGGAUUUUACUACUCUUUAGAUUUUGGUUUUGGUUUAGUGAAUGCUUAUCAGUUGGUCAAACAAGCUAAGAACUGGGUGAACGUGCCAAAGAUGGCGUCGUGUGCUCUACGUAUACCUACUGUCAGAAACUUGGUUGUAGAAAGAUCUAAAGCCGCUCGUAUUCGUGUAAAUUCGGAAGGCUGUAGUGGUUUGCCAGGUGAAAUAAAUUAUUUAGAGGAAGUACAACUAGUGUUAUCUAUGGUCUAUCCGAAAAGAGGAGACAUUCAAAUAUCCAUGAAAUCACCACAAGGCACCGAAAUUCAUAUUCUAGAGCCCCGCCCAAAAGAUACUAACCCUACAGGUUUAAGAAGAUGGUCUAUAAAUAUACUUGCUCUCUGGGGAGAAUCUCCAAAGGGAAAUUUUACCAUUGAUGUUUUUGAUCAGACCGGUAAAAAGUCAAACAAAGGAAAAAUUUUAGAGAUGAAUUUAGUUAUGUAUGGAACUAAAGAAGCACCCCAAGUUUAUUCUAAGGGUUAUCGUCCAUAUGAUGCUUUCACGUUAUUAAAACGCGAUAAUAAGUCGAGGUUUCCUGAUGUCUGAACUAAAAUGUUUAACCUGAUGAGUCAUCAUUGAUGACGAUACAGAUACUUAGAACACUUUAGGCAUAAAUUCUAAAUGUUAAAUAGUUGAUCAGUUGAAUAAAUCAAACAUAAUCUUAAGAUACCUUGAAGUAUGAAAAAUAUUUAAAAAAAAAUCAACUGCACGAAAAAAUUACUUCUCAAAAUGAAACAAAUUACAGACUACAGUGCAAUAAAAUUAUAUUUUGAAAUUGAGCAAUAAUUAUAACCCGUGUGUACUAUGAUUAACUUGUUAAUAAUAAAAUAAUGUAAUCCUGUAUCAAUAUUAGGUCGUAAAAUCGAAAGUUUAUUGAUAAUUGAGUAUUAUAAUUUAAUAUAAUAUAUUAAUCAUUAUUGUAAUAUUUUAAAGGUUUAUUGGCGUCACAUAACAUUAAUAUGUCUUAAAAAUGUGUAGUACGUUAUUGUUUAAAGUGU